AUGGCUUACAACCUCCUGCGUGCGCACUAUUUAACACUGCAUCAUACUCUGUCCAGGUUGCUGUCUCUGCUGUUUCUCUCCUUAUCCACACCGCAGAAACUCUUGUCCACGAAGGCGUCUUUUUUGCAGUCUCCUGUCUUCCAACAAACAACCAGCGAGCUGCAAGGGUCCUUGGACUCUCACGGCAAGUACUGGUGGCGCACAUCCGGGCUGCUCAUCAGUGCCCUCCUCGAGGCAGCCGAAUAUUCCGCUCUCGCACAACAUCGUAUCCUGACGUUUUUCGGACGCACUAUCGCCCCUUACCUGGGGCCCACUUACACUCCUGGAGCGCCGCAAUGGCAGAGCUUCAUGACAGAUGACCACCAUCCCAUCGAGCUCAGCUGGGACUGGCACACCGGACACCAACCACCCACGGUGCGCUUUUCUAUCGAACCUGUGGGGAUCCACGCUGGCACCCCGGCCGAUCCAGAGAACCAAAAAGCGGAUAUCUCUUUCCGCACGGCCAUGACUGCAGCCCUGCCAGAUACUCACAUGGCCUGGCCACCGUCCAAGAUCUUCUACGCUUUCGACCUCUCUGCCAACAGCAUCAAGGGCAAAGCCUACUUCUUCCCGGGCUUCCAAGCUCGCGCCACCAACCAGACCAAUCUCGAAGUCUUGAGCGCUGCCAUCGCCAGUGCACCCGGCUGCAGCAGCACUUGCGACAACCCUAACCCCCUCGUGGCGCUGCACGCCUUCCAGGACUUCGCACGCGACUCCCUAACUCCUCCUUUGGAGAUGGAUAUGCUCGCCAUUGACAUGGAUCCGCCCGCCGAAUCACACCUCAAAAUCUACUCCCGCAACCGUGUCACGAGCUUCACCUCCGUUCGCCAAAUGAUGACUCUAGGCGGUCGGAUUCCACCCUCCGAGGACCUAGCUCGCGGGCUCCAGACCCUGCGCUCUCUCUGGGACGCACUUUUAGAUCAAUCCAGCACGCCAGAGUCCCAUCUCCUGACUCCGAUUAACCACCGCAGCGCCGGAAUCCUCUAUAACGUGGAGUUCCGACCCUACAGUGCGUCCCUGAAAGUGAAAAUCUACAUCCCCGUCCGCCAUUACGCUUCCAGCGACGAGCACAUCCUGACCGCCAUCCGUACAUUCAUGACCUCGCAAAGCCAGGACGCCUACCUGCGUCGGGAUUAUGGAACCGUCCUGCGCCGAAUAGUAUCGGGGUUUCGCUCUCCCUCCCUGCCGCGUCUGCUGAUCCCGCAAACUGACACUCGGCUUGUCUCUCUCAGCCACGAUGACGCCUUACGAGACCGCGGCCUGCACACCUACAUCGGAUGCUCGAUCCAGGCGGGCGGAGACCUGCGCGUGGUAUCUUAUGUGAAUGGACAGGGGCCGAAACUUAUUGAUGGUGUAAGGGUCUAA